CACAAGAGCCUGGUCCGCUGUUCUCAGCUGUUUGCCCUCUGCCCAGGACCUCAUAGGUGGGCCUGGGAAAUGCAGUCCAUUCUCUCUCCUGGCCAAGUGCACUGUGAGGGUCCUGGCUUUCACAUGGUGGCCUCAAGAUGCCGUCAUCCCAGGGGCCUCAGGAAAGCCUCUCUUGAGACAUGGAGAAUUCCUGACCUGAGGGCUGCAUCAAGAUCUUGUCGUUCCACAUCAUGGUUUCCUUUGAGGAUGUGGCUGUACUCCUCUCCCAGGAGGAGUGGGACUGUCUGAUCCCUGCUCAGAGGGGCCUCUACAGGGAUGUGAUGCUGGAGACCUAUGGGAACCUUGUCUCACUAGGACUGCAAGCUUCCAAACCUGAUGUCAUCUCCAGGCUGGAGCAGGGGGACGAACCAUGGACCCCACACAUCCUGAGAACUCAGAGGAGCUGGAGCUGGAGCCACAAGAGAGAAUGCUAUGAUUCUAUGAUUGAAAAAGAGGAAUUGAUUCCAAAGCAGGAAAUUUCUGAAGAAUUGGAAUCCCAGAGAGCAAAAUCAGAAGAUCAUGUAAGGAAUAUUUUUAAGGAAACUGAAGAGAUGAGUAAAACUGAGGGAAAGUUAGAGAAUCGCUGGAGAAAAUAUGCAGUAGAAGGAGUUAAGAACUCCUUCUCCUGGAAGAACAAUUUCAGAGCAAUUACUAUGAGAUGUGUGAAAACCCUCUCUAGAGAGACUGACCACAAGUUCAAUGCUGUUGGAGAAAACUGCAUUACAGACUCAAAUCUUGACAAACAUGUUAGAGUGUCUAGAGAGAAGAGUCUCCAUCCAAGUGUGUCAAGUGUAGAAAACUUGAAACAACAUGAGGACCUCACUAACCUCCAGAGUUUCCAGUUAGGAGAAAGAGCCUGUCAGACAGAUGUGUUAGCGAAAGUACCCAGACAGAGUUCAGUUCUUAGUGAGAAUCAGAGGAUGAACAAUCCAGACAGACCAUUUGAGUGUACUGGGCAUGGAAAAACUUUCAAUCAGAACACAGCUUUUAACCAGCACCAGAGAAUUCAUGGUGGAGAGAAGCCCUAUGAGUGCAAUGAAUGUGGAAAAGCUUUUAGUCGGCCCUCUAUCCUCAGUAAACAUCAGAGAAUCCACAAUGGUAAGAAACCCUACACAUGUGAGGAUUGUGGCAAAUCUUUCAGUGCUCACUCAUACUUUAUUCAGCACUGUAAAAUUCACACUGGACAAAAGCCCUAUGAGUGUAUUAAAUGUGGGAAAGCUUUUAGUACACAUUCAUCUUAUAUUCGACAUCUAAAAAUUCAUACAGGAGAGAAACUUCAUGAGUGUAAUCAGUGUGGAAAAGCCUUUAGUCAUAGCUCUAAUCUAAUUCAUCAUCAGAGAAUUCAUAGUGGAGAGAAACCUUACAAGUGCAAAGAAUGCGGGAAAGCCUUCAACAGAAAAUCACACCUUAUUCAACAUCAGAGAAUUCAUUCUGGAGAGAAACCUUAUGACUGUGAGGAGUGUGGCAAAGCCUUCAGUACACGAUUAUCUCUCAUUCAGCAUCAGAGAAUCCAUACAGGAGAAAAGCCCUAUGAAUGUAAUGAGUGUGGAAAAUCCUUUAGCCUGAACCGAACUCUUACUGUCCAUCAGAGAAUUCACACUGGAGAGAAACCUUAUAGGUGUAAUGAAUGUGGGAAAUCCUUUAGUCAACGCUCACAAGUUAUUCAACAUAAGAGAAUUCAUACUGGAGAGAAACCUUAUAUCAGCAAUGAGUGUGGAAAAUCAUUUGGCGCUCGUCUAUCCCUUAUCCAGCAUCAGAUAGUUCACACUGGAGAGAAACCUUAUGGUUGUAGUGUGUGUGGGAAAACCUUUAGUCAAAAGGGACAUCUUAUUCAGCAUCAGCGAAUUCACACAGGAGAGAAACCCUAUGAAUGUAGUGAGUGUGGAAAAGCUUUCAGCCAGAGUUUUAAUCUUAUUCACCAUCAAAGAACACACAAUGGCGAGAAGCCCUAUGAAUGUAAUGAAUGUGAUAAAGCCUUCAGUGUGCUUUCUUCCCUUGUUCAGCAUCAGAGAAUACAUAAUGGAAAGAAACCCUACGAGUGUCACAAAUGUGGGAAGGCCUUUAGCCAGGGGUCACACCUUAUUCAACAUCAGAGGAGUCACACUGGUGAGAAACCCUAUGAGUGUAAUGAGUGUGGGAAAACCUUUGGACAGAUAUCCACCCUAAUUAAGCAUAAGAGAACACACAAUGGAGAGAAGCCCUAUGAGUGCAGUGACUGUGGGAAGGCCUUCAGCCAGAGUGCACACCUUAUCCGCCAUCGAAGAAUUCACACUGGAGAGAAGCCCUAUGAGUGCAGUGACUGUGGGAAGGCCUUCAGCCAGAGUGCACACCUUAUCCGCCAUCGAAGAAUUCACACUGGAGAGAAUCCCUAUGAGUGCAGUGACUGUGGGAAGGCCUUCAAUAUUCGCUCCUCUCUCAUUCAGCAUCAGAGAAUUCAUACUGGUGAGAAACCUUAUGAAUGUAGUGAGUGUGGCAAGGCAUUCAGUCAGCAUUCACAAUUUAUCCAACAUCAGAGAAUUCACACUGGAGAGAAACCCUAUGUAUGCACUGAAUGUGGAAAAUCCUUCCGACAAAGGUCCCACCUUACUCGACAUCAGAGAAUUCACAGUGGGGAGCGACCUUAAACGUAAUCAAUGUGGAAAAACCUCAGUCAGAGAAUAACUCUUAGUAGUCAUGAGAAAAUCCACACAAUUCACAUUAGAGAGCAAGCCUAUGAAUGUAGUAAGUGUGGGGAACUUAGUGCACAGUCAUCUUUCAUUCAACAUUGUACGGUUCACAAUGGAGAGUAA